UCGAGGGGACCAUCAGAAGGUAAACCCAUUGAAAACGCCCCAAAGCCAUCAAUUAAUCAAUAUGGUUUUCAUUCUCGGUGUCAAUUUCCCUGAGCGGAACCUCGUCAAGAAAUCGCUCGAGGCUUUCUUCGGUAUUGGGCCGUUCACUUCAUCCCGCCUCCUUUCCCGGUUCCACAUCCAUCCGACCUGCAAGAUCGGCGAGCUCGCGAACAAGCAGGUUCUGGAUCUGACCGCCGCGCUUGCCGAUAUGAAAAUUGAGAACGACCUCCGGAGGCAAGUUCUUGACGAUAUCAAACGCUUGAAGGAGACGGGUACCUACCGUGGUCGGCGGCAUGCUUUGGGGUUGCCGGCUCGGGGACAACGAACAAGAACUCAGACCAAAACUGCUGUCAAGCUCAACCGCAUCGACAGGCGGCUUUGAUUGUGAAAACUGGGCUGUUUCUCUUCAUGUUGCGUGUUCGGCUUUGCUAUCCCUGGCAGAUGGCAUGGAUUUGGCGUUUAGUCUAUUCUUCUUAUUUUUUGUAAACCACCCCCCCCAAAAACCUAUUAGAAUGUACAUUACCUUAUAUGCCUCAAAGAAAUGGG